AUGAAUACCGAACAAGCAGCAGCAGCUUACUUUAACCAAACGGGAGCUUUUGUUCAAGCCCAGCCGCAACAACAAUCAACACCACAGCCUAUUCGUCUUGCGCAUCCUACCACUUAUCACUUGCAACAAACUCAAUUGAGAAAUCAGAAGCAAAUCACUAGCGAUGGUGCACCACCAACUCCCAACAAUUCCUACCAGUCUAAAAAUACUCUUUCAAACAAUUCUUUUUCUAAAACGGACUCUCCGGACCUUAGUCAAGAAAUGGACUUUGAUAAUUCAAACACAGUGAUGUCCCCAAUUUCAAAUACACCAUCCCUUGGUUCUCCACCUACUCAUCCUGACGCCUUUGACCCUGACGAUUUCGGACGAUCUUAUAAACCAACUUCUCAUUUAGAAAGUGGGUCACCUUUUGGGGAGUCGCCUGGUAAUGCUUCAAUUUAUUCUUACGGUGCUGACAACUUAGACUACUCGUAUCUUGAAGAAUUUAGUCCAAUGAGCGCUCCUACUACUACUUCUGCAAUAGGUCCAAUGGAUGUCAAGUCAAACAUGAACAAUUCAAAUACAAAAUUCUUCAGACAUCCUCACAACAGUUUCGGUGCUCAAAUCAGCAUGUCUCUACCAGUGCAACUUGGAAAUGAAUGGUUCGGAAGUUUAGAUACCAAUAACUUCCAACCUGGCGCUCACCCAAGCUCAUUGCAAUAUCCUGCUACUGGUGAAAAUAUGCAGUUGAUGGCUUCUGGUUAUUUGGAUUCCGAUGAAAAUGAUAGUGCUCAAAAACAGGCUUUAUUAUAUGAGAAAAGGCGUCGCCGACGCGAGUCGCACAAUGCCGUUGAACGUCGUCGCCGAGAUAACAUUAACGAAAAAAUCCAAGAACUGUCAACUUUAUUACCAGACUUAUAUAUUGAUUCCGCUAAUAAACCCAAUAAAGGAGUGAUUCUUCGCAAAUCCGUUGAUUACAUCCGACAUCUUAAACAGUUGGUAGAACAACAUAAGAAUCGCAAUGUAGAGUUGGAAUCCAGAGUUCGGGAAUUAUCAAGCUCAGGAAUACCUAUUGAUAGUAAUUCCGGUUCGACUUCAAGCAGAAUGGAUUUGAACAAUUCAUCAUCAAUUGGUGGCCUUUCUGGAUCUCCUCAUAAUAUGUCAUAA